CGAAUUCGUGGAUCAAUUUUUCCGGGUCUUAUAUACCACCAGCACCAGCGUCCUAAAAUUUCAGUCGUAGUUUGUUCCGGCAGUUGAUCACGAGUAUCUUGUGGUUUCUUUUUGUUCUCUCAUUCCAGCAGAGAUUUGCAGCCUUUUUCGUAGUGUGUGUGUAUUCUGUGGAGCCACAGCCGCGAAAGCCACAGGUGUGACGUGUCAACGUGAACCAGAAUAAUUUUUAACUGUGUGAUUGUAACCAGAUAAUAUCAACGCAUAAACAUGAGUUAUGGAUACCAGGGACCGCCAGUGGGGCCAUUUCCAGGAAAACAAAAACCACCAACGUCUUUUGGGGCUCCCCCUGGUACACCCUCCGCCCCAGGUGCUUUGCCUUACCCAAAUAAUAGUAACAUAGGCUUUGGUAAUCCACCGACUUCUUUCGGUAUGCCACAGCCCUAUGCUGGUUUUGGAGGGGCUCCCUAUCCUCUGCAGCCUCAAGGAUCAUCUCCUUAUCCUAAUGUUCCUGGGUUAAAUCCAUGUCCCUAUCCAAAUCCAAAUGCUUGUUCAAAUCCGUCUCUGUAUCCAAAUCCUGGUGGACCAAAUGCAUCUCCUUAUCCAAAUCCUGCUGCUGGCCCUAACUCAUCUUUUUAUCCCAAUCCUGCUGCUUCGAAUCCAUCAAUGUAUCCAAACGUCAGUGAUGCAAAUCCAUCCCCGUAUACUCAACAGAAUUCUCCAUAUCCUGGACAAAAUUCUUCUUAUCCAUCGAGUACUCAUCAACCAGUUCCAUAUGGUUCACAACCAACUUCAUGUCCUGCCCAAACCUCCCCUUAUCCUACCCAAAAUCCGACGAGCACUUCACCCUAUCCCCCUCGGGCCUAUCCUCCGCAAAAUCAUCCUUUGCCAUUUCCCAGUAGCCAACAACCGUACCCAGGAGCACAGUCCUCUGCAACAAAUCCAUAUUAUUCGGGCAACCCUCAGGCUCCUCCCAAUCCUACUUCAAGACCCCAGUCUUCGCCAUAUCCUGGCAGCUCUCAAUAUUCUUCUCAUCCUGCAAACGGAAAUUUUCCAUCCGCUAAUAGCUUUUGUAGCCCUGGUGGUGUGUAUCCCGGGGGGCAGGGAGCAGGAGGGAGACCCUUUGCUUCGAGCACUGGAUCACAUUAUGCGCAGCCUCACAAAAAUUCCCCAGCCCCCCGGAGUGCACAGCUUAAGUCAAAGCUCUCUCCUACUGUUGUGCCCUAUCCGAAUUUCGACCCACGGGUUGACGCCGAAGUAUUGCGCAAAGCAAUGAAAGGAUUUGGCACUGAUGACAAAGCUCUCAUCGAAGUUCUUGCCAAUCGUACAAAUUUACAACGACAAGAAAUUGCUACUCAAUUUAAAACCCUUUAUGGCAAAGAUCUUGUAAAGGACUUAAAAUCGGAAACGAGCGGCAAUUUUGAAAAUUUGCUGGUUGCAAUGAUGACUCCUUUGCCUCAAUAUUACGCAAAAGAGCUGCACGACGCAAUGAGCCGAAUUGGUACUGAUGAAAACGUUCUCAUUGAAGUACUAUGCACUCUAUCUAAUCACGAAAUUCGUGUAAUCAAACAAGCUUACCAGGCCAUGUACGGAAGAUCCUUGGAGGAUGAUUUGAUGGACGAUACAUCCGGAAAUUUCAAGCGACUAAUGGUGUCGUUGUGUUGUGCCAAUCGUGAUGAAUCGUUCGAAGUUGAUCCAGAUGCGGUCGCAACGGACGUCAGAAAUCUUUUACAAGCUGGUGAAUUACGAUUCGGAACCGACGAGUCGGUAUUUAACGCAGUUCUUGUUCAGCGAAACAUACCACAAUUACAACACAUUUUCCAGAAAUAUGAGCUCGAAACUGGCCAUAGUUUCGAAACAGCGAUUGAGAAUGAAUUCUCUGGCGACAUAAAGAAAGGACUUUUGGCUAUUGUCAAAUGCGUGAAAGACCGACCAGCAUUCUUCGCCGAACAAUUGUACAAGAGCAUGAAAGGUCUCGGUACUGAUGAUGCACGAUUGAUAAGAUUGAUAGUGACUCGAUCCGAAGUCGAUCUCGGGGAAAUAAAAAGAUCUUUUGCCCAAAACCAGGGUGAAAGUUUGGAGAGCUGCAUUAGCGGUGAUUGUUCGGGCAGUUAUAAAAAAUGUCUUUUGGCACUUGCUGCCUAAGUUCUGAAUAUUGGAUCGAAUCAAAAUAUUCAUACAUGUAUGUAGGUUCGAUCGAACGCAUUUACAAAGGUGUCUUCAAAUUUACUUCGCUCGGAAUCGGACUAAAGUUUUCGGAAUCUCGUUGUGCCAAACUGGCAACUUCAUUUACUACGUGACACUAAUUCUCAUUCGGUAAAUUUCACAAAUAAAAACAUGACGAACACGAUGGUUAAGUGGAAAGUUCCUGCUACGCGAUAUCUAUGAACAAGUGACCGCUUUUGAAGCCAUACGAAGUUCACUUUUAGUAAUAAGAUUCAGGUGACGUUACGUUAUUUACUCAUAUAGAUAUAUUUAUACAUAUAUACAUCUAUUUUUGAAGAAGAAUCUCUAUUGUUGAUGCAAAUGUCGAAAAUAGAUUCGAAGUAGCUUUGAUAUAUACACUAUUUUAUGCAGGCAGAAAAUGCUAUUUCGAGAGCGAAGACGUUCCUUUAGCUUGAACAAUCGAAAUAUAUAUGUAUUUACGCGCCUAAGGAAAGAUUAUUCGAAAUAAUCGAUCUUACAUGCAGACUUGAAACUUUCGUCGUAACAAUAACAAAUGUUAAUGUUUCUGGGAUAUUUGUAAACAUGUUUCUCGGAAAUUAUUCGUAAACAAAUUAUAUGUCCAAAAAAUAGUAUGCGAUAUACACAAAGUCAAUAAAAUUGUCCAAUACAACCAUUGACAUCGAA